ACUUCAAGGGCCUGGCGUAAAGAAUAUCAACGAGGCUCAAUGCAGGGGCACAUUUGCAGCUAUUGUUGAGAUGAAAUUGUUUGGAAGCAGUACUUAACUGGACCCAGUUCCUGUUGUUGGAGAGUAUACAUCUGCAGAUGAUUCCUAGGUUUAUAUUCUCAUAUCAAAUAUUUCUUGCCCUUGCCUUGUUGGUAGGUCAAGGGUUGGCUCUUCCAACUGGAGAUGCUCACAACCAAGACUUGAUCUCGUUGCUCACCAAGAGAGACACGGGUUCCAAGUUCAUCCUGAUGGGAUUCAGUGUGGCAAGAAACUCAGAUAGUGAGCAGCCCACUGAUCCAUUGGUUUCCCUGAACGGUGCAGUUUCAUCACCUAUCGAUAACAAGUUAUACCACUAUAAUAUCGACUUGGAAGUUGGCUCCAACAAACAGAAAAUUACAGUUGACGUGGAUACCGGAAGCUCAGAUUUUUGGGUAGUGGCUACCGAUGCUACGUGCCAGAAAGGCCGCAAGUGCAAGGCCCAAGGCACCUAUAAUGCUUCCCAGUCGAACACCUCCAAAGAUUUGAACCAACCAUUUCUGUUGGGCUACAUUGACGGGUCUACUACGAGUGGGACAUACUACUUGGAUGAUAUUACCCUUCCUGGUGGAAUCACGGCCAAACAAGCGCAGUUCGCUAACGCCAAUACUACCUCCUCCCCUUUCGCUAUCUUGGGUAUCGGGCUCAAAAGCUUGGAGGCUCCAAUCCUUGCCGGUGGGACCCAAACUUAUGAUAAUUUCCCUUGGGUCCUCAAAAACCAAGGAUUUAUCAAUAAGGCCGCCUACUCCUUGUUUUUGAGCAGUCCUAGUGCCGAAUCAGGUACUUUGCUUUUUGGAGGAAUUGAUAACGCAAAGUUUGAGGGUCCUUUGUACAAGUUGUCUGGCGCUUUCCCCAGUAGAUUGGGGGUGAAGUUAGAUUCGAUUGCUGUGGAUGGUGGGGUCACCGACAGCUCCACAGGUUUCGUAUUUGAUUCCGGUUAUUCAUACUCUUCCUGGCCAAAAGCAACUGCUGAUGCUAUUGGAAGUGCUUUGCAAGGAUCAUCACAAUCAGGAAACUCAUGGCUGGCAGAUUGUACCCAACCAAAUAAAACAAUCACCUUGAACUUUGGAAAUGGCGCCAAACAGAUCAGGGUCCCAUACUCCAGCUUUAUCGCCCCUGAACAAAAAUCUACUGGGACCUGUAGUACUACCAUUGGUUACAGUGUCGAUGGCAACUAUGAUAAUUUGCCCACCUUUGGAGAUGACGUGUUGCGUUCAUUCUACGUUGUAUACGAUAUUGAAGAGAACAGUCUCCAGAUAGCUCAAGCGGUGUACACUUCUCAGUCUGAUGUUACAGCCAUCGAAUAGGUAUUAGUUUUGUGAUAGAUUGAAACUCUAAGAAUACAUGACUUAUUUAUAGUUCUGCUCCCUUGUGGUGAGUACCAAACCAAGAGUGGCAUGAAAAGUAGGAUCCGAAUCUAUUAUUAUAUUACUGCCAAGUUAUGUUUCCAUAGUU